ACUUCGCAGCGGUAGUGAUCCGUGGCGGCAGUGGCGCUAGAAAUACGACUUUGCUCCUCAGCGACCUCGUCGAUAAAACGAAGGCUUAGUGCCCACUACGGUACCACGCCGCAAGUACGUCCGGUGGUCGUCUCUUUGGCCAGGAACCGAAAAAUAUUUUACUAAAAAUUAAACUUCAUUCAUCGCCCGUUUUUUUUUAACGCGGAAGGAUGUUUCCUCAAUCUGUUUCCGCUCGAAAAAUCAUGAUUUUCUCCGUCGCACUUAUUGUAGCCGCUGUAGCAUCUUUCGCCGGUGGCGAACCCAUGAACACGUGCGUACUCCAGAAAAACACAAUCGUUGAAGAAUAUAAAUUGUCUACUUUGGAACAUAUUUUCGGUGAAACUCUUUUAACUGAGUCAAAUGGCAAUAUUUAUGUUAUAUCAAUUUGCCGCCAUGUACCGGAAAUGUAUUAUGAUGCCAGAAAGAUGACUGGUGCUAUUAAAUUGACGGCCGAUGGGAACACGAUCGAUCUUGGACAUAUUGACCAAUCCAAUAUCAUCGUUAACGAGAAUAGUAUUGUGCUUACAUACACUGGUGGUGAUCGAGACAGAUAUGCAGAAGACACUUGCAAAGGUCUCCGAUGGAAAACGUAUCUGACGUUCAUAUGUGAUCCGUCUAUAAACAACGAUAUUUUAACAUUGAUUGACGAAGAUCCAGAACAACCUGAAAUAUGUCAAGUGUGGUUUGAAGUAAAAACAUCUAAAACAUGUAACUGGCAUCCAAAUAUACCAUUAGCCGUUUUGGAAAAAGAUUUUUCUACUCGUGAAAAUCUGACAACCAAAUUUGAAGAGUGGAGGACUGAUCAUGAAAAAUACAAUGUGAAGGAGUCAACUAAUUCCAAUAAAAUGCCUUUACAAAAAAAUGUGUCUGAUCACAAAAUAUUUAAUUUCAACAACAACAAUAAAUCAAUUAUUAACGAAAAUGACAAUACUGGUAAAGAAAAUAAAACAAACAACGAGGAAAUUAAAAAAGGAAAUUCAACUCAAAUUAUUUCAAAAACUCAGAAAAAACAAUCAGAUAUUGAAAAUAAAGAUAAUUAUUUAAAGAAGUAUGAAAAAUCAUUUUACGAGAAAAUUGAAAAGGAGGAAACUAAAGGAGGUCAUUCAAACAUAAAUGAAGACAAAAUGUUAGUAGAUCAUGAGAACAAUGAUACUUAUUCAAAUAAUGAUUUGGAAAAUAAAUUUACUAAUUUCAAAUUUAAUAAUACUGUUUCUGGUACAUCGUAUAAUAAUGAAUAUAGUUAUCCUAGAAAAAAUGAAACUAUCUUGCACUAUAAUAAUUUAAAAAAAUAUAUAAAUCAAAAUAAAAACUCAGAAGGUAAAAAUGAAAAUUCGGUUAUAAAUGAAUUAACAAAAAACGAUCAAAAUAAGGACGGUCAAUUAAAUCAAUAUGUUCCGAAAAUGGAAAAAAAUUCAACACGAAAUACAUUUGAAAAAAAAAGAUCAAAUAAAAAGAUGAACGAUUCCGAAGAAGACAAAAAGCCUUUAGAUAAUGAAAAAAAGUUUAAUCAAGAUUAUUCAAAAAAAUCGAAUUUAAAUAACGAUACUAAUAAUAAAACUUUGAACUUGGUCAACGGAGAUAAAAAUAAUACAAUCGACGAAAGAAAAAUAGUUGAUAUUUCAAAUCAAAGCCAAUCGAAAAACAAUAAAUCGAUUAUUUAUGACAAUAACAAGGUACCAGGCAAUAUAGUUAACGAAAAUCAAACGCAAAAUAAAAAUAAAAACUCAGAAGGUAAAAAUGAAAAUUCGGUUAUAAACGAAUUAACAAAAAACGAUCAAAAUGAGAACAGUCAAUUAAAUCAAUAUGUUCCGAAAAUGGAAAAAAAUUCAACACAAAAUACAUUUGAAAAAAAAAAAUCAAAUAAAAAGAUGAACGAUUCCGAAAAAAACAAAAAACCUUCAGAUAAUGAAAAAAAGUUUAAUCAAGAUUAUUCAAAAAAAUCGAAUUUAAAUAACGAUACUAAUAAUAAAACUUCGAACUCGGUCAACGGAGAUAAAAAUGAUACAAUCGACGAAAGAAAAAUAGUUGAUAUUUCAAAUCAAAGCCAAUCGAAAAACAAUAAAUCGAUUAUUUAUGACGAUAACAAAGUACCAGACAAUGUAGUUAACGAAAAUCAAACGCAAAAUCAAAAUCAAAAUCUGGAAUCCAAUCCAUUUCAAGAAGUUGAUUCAAAAACUGUAAUCAAAAACAAAACGAUCAAUGGUAUAAUAACCCCUCGCGUUGACUCUAAGAAUAAAUCAACGGAUAGUGAAGAUUUACAUGUUGAUACUAAUAAUAUUAAUGUAACAAAACAUAAUACAAGUGAUGAUGAUAAAAUUAUCGACAUGAAUGAAAAAAAUAAAAUGAAAAAUAAUUAUUUUAAGCCAAAGGAAAAUGGUCCAUCAAAUACAAAUGAAUCUGGUGAAGUAAAUGGUUCGUCUACUGAAUUACCAAUCGACACGUCGACGUUUUAUGAAUCUAAUAAUAUUAAAACAAACAAUAUAUCAAAACAAAACGGUACAAUUAUAAAUCAUAUCGACAACGUUAACAAAAACAUACAACCAGAACAACUGGAACCAGAACCGGAACCUAGUGCAAAUUUAUCGGAUAAUAAUGAAAGUGAUGAUUUAAAAACAACCGAAGAUAGUACGAAUCAAUCAGAAAAUAGCUUUAGUUUUUCAAAAAUCUUUGGUAGCGAAUCCACAGCUAAGAUAAUUGGAUCAAUAGUUUCAUUAAUAUCUAUUGCCGGUGCUGCUGGAGUUGCUGGAACAGCCAUAAAUCGUUUUUAUUAUAAAAAAACUGGUACAGAUCAAAUACCCUUCAAAGGAACGUUCCGGUCAAUUAAAAAUUUUAUAACAAAUUUAUUUUGUUGCUGUCAUGUUUCUGGUGAUGACUUAGAAGCGCAAAACUCUACGAAUGAAAAAACACCUCUUUUACAACCUAAAUUCAAUACUUCGUCACCGCUAGUUGUAGAUGAAAAGUCUCAAAAAUCCAAAAAGCGCGAUAAAAAAAGUUACGACGUGGAACAACAAAAAAGUGAUGGCACCGACAACGACGAUAGUAGUCAACAGAAAAGUAAUAAUGAAUAUGGCAGUAUAACGAAUGAAAAGAAAUCGCUUGCGAAAAAUGUCGAAGAAAAACUAUUAAAUAUUGAGAAUAAUUUGCAAGGAAAAUCUAUAAAAGAUUCUUUAUGUGGAAAAAUGAAUACAAUACUCACUGAAAAAUUAAAACCUACAAUUAACGGUAUUCUUGAAAAUGUGGGGAAAAAGGUUGAAUCAAAUGAAGAAAUUAAGAAGAACUUAGAUAUUAUAUCUAAAGAUGCAGCAAUGAUAUCCAAAUUAGUAAACAACGAACAAUCAAUAAAAAUUACUGAUGACAUAAAUGUUGAAAUUAAACCAGAAAAUAAAAAUUCUCAAUUAAAUAAUGACAAAAAACAAGGUUUGAACUUCGAAGAAAAUAAUGAAAAUGAUGUUCAUAAUAUUAUUGAAAUCAGUACAAAUGUCGAUGUAGAAAAAUCACAAAAUAAAGUAUCUUUAAACGAAAUUGAAACACGCAAUGCCGUAGUACAAGAACAUAUCAAUAGUAAAACGAUUGGUGAAUCGCAACAGUCUAAAAACGUUACGCCUGUGAGUGAAGUUAGCAUCUCAAAAGCGUCUGUACCGGAUCUUCAACAAAUUGAAACGAUUAAACAAGCGUCCGAUAUGAAUACAACGAGUACAUUAGAUAGUACAACCAAAGAAUUAAUUGAAAAUGUAUAUGACAAAAAGGAUGUUGUUACGGAAAAUAAGAUUGAAAAACUUGUAGAAACCGUCGUAACGCCGCACACAGAGACUGCGAUGAAAAUAAAUGAAUCAAAAUUAAAAUUCUUAGGGUUCGAAAAAGAAGAUAAAAAUGUCGAAAAUGUGGUAGUCAACAAAUCCAUUGUAUCUGAAAAUAAUGAAGAAAAUGAAGAGGAAGUUGAGGUCAUUGAAGAAAUUGUAUACGUAGACGGUGCUGACGGGGCCGAGGAUGAAGAAAUUAUCGAAGAAAUAAUAGAAACUACUACAGUUGAAGAUUUACCGGACACGUUGGACGAAUCUGGUUCGGGGCACACCAAGGUUACAGUCCACACAACUCGUAAAAUAUCGUCAUCUUCGUUGCCCGGAGAGGUGAAAACUAUCGAAGAGACUGUGGUCACCGAUGGUGUAUCAGAGAAUGAGAAAAAAUCUCAUGGUUUCCAGUUUGGUAUUGGGAAAUCCGGAGUCAGCAUGAGUGUCGGCGAUAAAAAGUUGGAAAUUGGUAUGCCCAAGCUGAGCCGCAGCAAAAGUAAAUCACCGAAGAACGUAGAAGACGACGAGCCUGAUAAACGGAACACGAAGUCUCCGGAAAAGUCCAGGAAGUCUAUUUCGAUGCCCAAAAUAUUUAAGCGAUCUAUUUCUCAACCAUCGGACCGUGAUAUCCCUGAAGCUGAGGGUGAGCCACAGUUGGACGCUGCGCCUAAUAGAAAAACCUCCCAGCCAAGUGCCGGCUUAUUGAUAUUUGGAAAGUCGCGGUCUAAAUCUUCGCUAAUCCUUGAUGCGGUUGACAUCGAUGUGAACACGGGUGUGGUGUCAGACUUCAUCGAUAAUGAACGGAGUGCGUCUCGUAUAUCGAAUACAGGAUUAGGUGAAUUCGACAUAACCGCAGGCGAUGGAGAUGUUGGCACCACGGUGACUGUACGUAAAACGUCCACAACAACUUCUAAAGGAAUAGAUACUUUGUCGGGCAUAGAUACCAUCGGAAAGUUAACUACAGGUUUACCGUCAGGGUCGGUUACAGUCCAGCAAUCGACCAAGAGUGCUGACACAAAGUCAAACGCUAAAACAAAACGUGAAAAAAAAGAAAAAACGAAAUUAACGACAUUAACGCGGCCAUUUUAGAUCUAAAGUAUAAAUCUAAGGAAUAAUUUUAAACUUACUGUGUAAGAAACUAAAAUAUUAUUGGUUCAUUUGUGUAUUAUUAUUUUUUUUCAAAUAUUUUUCGUUUAUGUGAAAUAUAUCUGUUGGAAUUUUAAAUCUAACACUCAUUAUUAUAAAAUUGUUAAUGUUUUGAUUUAUUUUUUUAUGAAUUCAACAUUAAUAUUAUUUGUGCAUUAUACUUAAAUUGAAAUUUGUUCAACUAAUAUUAAUUUUAUGUUUAUAUAAUUUGUUAUUAUUCAUAAUUUUCUAAUAGUUUUUUCUAUAAAAUUGUACUUUUGAUUGAAAAUAAUAUUCCUAAAUUCAAUUAUUUUUAUAUUUACAAUUUAGAAACACUAGUUUAAAAUCAUCAUGAAUAAAAUAUAUGUUUUCUAUUUUAAA